UGGAGGGCGAGGGUCGAUGCCCCCCCCCAGCCCCUGCCGUGUGCACCCCCGCGCCAGCCAGUGGAGGGCCAGUGCGGUGGGAGGCCCUCGCGGCCGGGGUGACCCCAGGGCCAGGAGGUGUCCCCGCGCCUCGGUGGAUGCCCAGUGAGCUGCGGGACAGGGCGCCCCACAACUUGGUGGGGAGGCCCCGGUCGAGUCCUGCUCAAACCCGCGGGGGAACGACCGUUGGAAUGUUCGCACGUGGUGGCACAGAGAGUAGAUUUCUGGUCGUUUCCCCGGUGGUCGGUGCCGGGACCCUGUAGACACCUUGAGUGAGUGGUUUCGGGUUCAAAUCUCACGGUCUCCAGAAAGGGGUACCGUUAUUAUCUCCGUGGACAAUGAGGGAACUCAGGCUCAGGGACGUUUUCUUGCCCAAGGGCACCCCUCCGGUCUCGGUCACCUGAGUGGAAACGUAGGAAGCCUCACUUCAGACCCUCGUAUGAAACCGUCGGGGAGCAGACUUGGGAGUCAUUACUGUAAAAUUGAUGUUCUUAAUGCUGUGCCGGUGACCGUGAGGGCGUUGUCAUCACCGGGCGCUCAGUCAACUUUGCUAACGUUCGCUCUGAACUUCGUGUCUGCCUUCCGCACGGUGCCCGGCAGAUGCCGGCAGUGGGUGGGCCAUCCAGGGCUGAAACCUGGUUCUGAUCCGGAGGAGCUCGCAGUCCGGGGAGGCAGAAAGGGGCCAGGGUCACAGCUGUGCAUUUGUCAAGCGCCCAAGUCGGUAGAGACGGCCACCAGCCCGGGGAUCAGGAAGGUUGCCCACGUCACGCUAAGGGUUUUACAAAAGAGGCAAAGUGUUCUACCUCUAGAUUUUUUCCAUUUUUUUUCCCCAUAAAUCAAAACAUCUCAAAAUGGAGGCCUAACACCCUUAAAAGGGACUUAGUCUGAUCUCCGGGAGGUAGUUUUGUGCAUGAAGAAACAAAUUAAGUGUGAACUGGAGUUUUUAUUAUCCCAAAGGAUGUUAAUUUUAAACAAUACAGUCUAGUGGCAUGAGGUGUAACUAUAAAGUCAUGAUGAUCUCGUCUUUGAAUUUGACUGGUGGAUAUAAAGGGAAGUGAUUGUAGCCAGAACAGAACAGAGAGAAGGAACUUGUGUUUGGUACAGACCUGAAAAUGAGCGACAGUUAUCUAGAACAAUGUUCACCCCUCUACUAAGUUAGAGAAGCACGCAGGUGAGGCCUCUGACAGGUCAAGAGACUUCCAUGGUGACAAAGAAAUGUCCAGAACAAGACUUUGCGGUGCCCCAAGUGUCGAGUAUGGCACACUAGCAUGGACGAUCGGUAAAGGAAUGAUCUAAGCACUUAUCUGACUGUGCAUGUGUUAAAAGCCUCAAGUUCGGCUUGUUUGAAUGGGCUGUUAUCUCCGAGAAGGAUGACGGUGAGAAUGAUGGCUGGGUGGUCCAUUUUGGGAAAAGAACAGACUUACGCAGACACAGUGACUAGCCCUGGAAGGGUUUCUGCAGUAAUGUGUAAAAUUUUUGUCCACUGCUGACGUUAGACACAAUCACUGAUCCCUGGAACAGAGCUACGUUUCUCAUAUCACCUGGAAGUAAAGAGCCAAAGUCGCAGCGGAAACCCCAACACCUGUGGGACCCAGGAAACUGCGCAGAAAUCACGGCUAGAGAAGCCACGAAGACCCGUUUGCAGAUUGUUGUUCAUGUUACUGACACAGAAACUUUUUACUGAUAGCUGGUCGUAAUUGAGAAACUCUGAACUUUCACAAGGUCUCUGUUUGGCAAAAGGAGGGGAUUGUGACAACGUAAAUUCAUUAUUUUCUUGUUGCGAUGAAUUCUGACUCAAGGUAUGCUGUCUUUGGGAUUUCUGACCAAAGCCACAUUUUUACACUUCGAUUAUUCAUCUUAGUGUACAGACUCAGCCCUCUGACUUUUGACUGUUUUAAGAAACAAAUCCAUUGUCAGAAUAGAUUUGGUAGUGUCUUUCAACAGCGUGAAGCUGAGCCUAAAAAGACCAGUUGAACAAACACAUUCUGCUCUGAGGAUUUAUUUGAAAUACAGUAUUCAGUUUGCUAAGUUCUACUGGCAUCACUAGGACUAAGUAACCAAGCUGCUGACUAUGGGAAGUAAUUGUCGUUCAGGUAAUUUUGAAACAGGACUUAAGAUGCAUCAGCCAAUUCUGUUCCCACUUCAGCUCUUCGUUUGUAGGAAAAUUCUAGAUCGUUUCCUUGUUCCUAUUACAGAUAUUCUAGGAAGAAAAAUUACUUAAUUUGAGCACGAUUUGGGAUAGAUUGUAUUCCAUCGCAUCUAAGAUGUCACUAAUUGGAAAACACACCAUUAUUUUAUAUAGUUCCAAGAGAUAAAAGCCCUGCUAAUUAAAAUACGGUAUUUGUUAGCUGAAAGAUACCUCUGGGUAACAGAGGUGUUAGUUAAAAAGAUACAUCCUACAAUCAGUGAAAUGACCCCCACGUACUCGUUUCUUCUGUUCAGGCAGGUCUUACGCUUUUCUUUCCUUCUGGCUACCAAAUUUCAUAAUUAAAAAAAAGCAAAAUAAACAUAGUUUGGAUUUUUUUCUGUGGAGCACGUACAGGGCAUAGGUUUCCUCCCCGAAAACAGGCUGGCAGUGUGAGCCCCACGCCUGGUCUCCAGGCCAGCCGGGCACCGUGAAGCCCCCCCGCCGAGGCGCUGUCCUGCCUGCAGGGGUGCCCGACGCCGAGUGGCAUCUUGGUGACCUGAAGCGCUCCCCGCUUGUGCGCAGGGUUUUGAUUUCCACGACGAGGUGCCGUGUGCCAUCGUGCUCGCGCUGUGUGUGUAAAGAUUAUGGAAAAGUGCAGUCGCACACACUCUCCCCCUACCGCGUGUCCGCGUCGAGCUUAGAAUCUCACCAUGCGGAAGCCCUGAAUACACAGAGGGAAAGAAGGACAAGAGACUUCCUGUUCUGGGUGUCCGCCUAGUGAUCAAAGUAACCACCGUCCAGAGCCAUGCACAAAGCUACCUCCCCAGAGAAAGGCUGGUCCCUUUGCCACCCCGUCCGUUUCGUCAUGAACAUCGGAGCAAACAGCACAUUGUCAUCAAAGCUGCUGAAAGGCGGCACCGUGUCGGGGCUGAAAUACGACCACUCGUGUGAGCUGUACCGAAUGUCCACGUUCUCGGCCUUCCCCGCCGGCGCCCCUGUCUCGGAGCGGAGCCUGGCCCGGGCCGGGUUCUACUACACGGGCCGGAAGGACAGGGUCCGGUGCUUCUGCUGCGGCCUGACACUGGACAACUGGAAGCAGGGGGACAGUCCCCUGGAGAAGCAUCGGAGGCUGUACCCCAGCUGCAGCUUCAUCCAGAGUCUACGUCCGGUGAGCGCUUCGGGCGCCCCCUCUCAGCCCGCCUGUCCUUCCUCAGGGACGAGCUCCAGGCUCUUGCCGCCUCCCAGCGUGGAAAACGGGGGCUGUCCUAGCCGCUCCUGCGCCACCUUCCCGCAGAACCCUGUGACCUUCAGAGCAAACCAAGGUCUCUGUCCCCGGAGGACGAGUCCCCACCACCGUGCGAUGGAGGCCGAGGAAGCCAGAUUGCACUCUUUCCAGGGCUGGCCCUUGACCUUCCCGCUGCCGGAGCAGCUGGCCAGAGCUGGAUUUUACCACCUGGGCCCUGGGGACAAGGUGGCCUGCUUCGCCUGCGGCGGGAGACUGAGUAACUGGGAGCCGGACGACGACGCCCUGUCAGAGCACCUGAGACACUUCCCCUUCUGCCCGUUCGCGGAAAGCCGGCUUCAGGACACCUUGCGGUGCGCCGUGUCCAACCGGAGCAUGCAGACGCACGCGGCCCGCUCCCGAAGCUUCUGCAGCUGGCCCCCCAGCGUGCCUGUUCUCCCCGAGCAGCUGGCCCUGGCUGGCUUCUACUACAUGGGGCACAGUGAUGACGUCAAAUGCUUUUGCUGCGACGGUGGACUGCACUGCUGGGAAUCAGGAGACGACCCGUGGGUGGAGCACGCCAAGUGGUUUCCAAGGUGUGAGUAUUUGAUACGAAUCAAAGGACACGAGUUCAUCAGUCAGAUUCAAGCCAGUCACCCCUGUCUCCUUGAACAGUUGUUAUCUCCUUCAGACAACACAGAAGAUGAAAAUGCUGAGUCACCAAUUGUUCAUUUUGGGCCUGGAGAAAGUUCCUCCGAAGACGCCGUCAUGAUGAACACACCCGUGGUGAAAGCGGCCUUGGAGAUGGGCUUCGGUAGAAACCUGGUGAAGCAGACCGUUCAGAGCAAGAUCCUGACGAGCGGGGAGAAUUACAAAACAGUCAGUGAUAUUGUAUCAGAUUUACUUAAUGCAGAAGAUGAAAUCAGGGAAGAGGAGAAAGAAAGAGCCACUGAGGAAAAAGAAUCAGAUGAUGUGUCAUUAAUCCGGAAGAACAGAAUGGCGCUCUUUCAACAUCUGACUUCCGUACUCCCCAUCCUGGAUGGUCUCCGAACUGCCAGAGUGAUUACUGAGCAAGAACACAGUGUUAUUACACAGAAAGCACAAACAUCUCUGCGAGCAAGAUUGCUGAUUGAUGCUGUGUUAGUGAAGGGAAGUUUUGCAGUCACCGUAUUUAAAAACUGUCUCCUAGAAAUGGACCCCGUGUUAUACGAGCGUUUCUUCGUGCAACAGGACCUAAAGUAUGUUCCCACAGGAGAUGUUUCAGGUCUGUCGCCGGAAGAGCAGCUGAGGAGGCUGCAGGAGGAAAGAACCUGCAAAGUGUGCCUGGACCGAGAAGUGUCCAUAGUGUUCAUUCCCUGCGGCCACCUGGUGGUGUGCCAAGACUGCGCCCCUCCCCUCAGAAAAUGCCCCAUUUGCAGGGGCCCAAUCAAGGGCACCGUCCGGACCUUUCUGUCUUGAAGAGGACCCAAAACUGUUUAAACUUGAUAACUAACGGAUCAAACGUAUUCUGUUUUUUACUUCUAUACUGA